UAAUAAAAACGAUCAACAGUGCAGGGAAGAAGCUAUCUUUAUUCAGAAUCAGAAAAGCAAUGGAAGAUACUUCAUCAACAAACCAAGUUACAUCGCAAACGACUCUUUUCCAUGAAGUUUUAAGGGCUCUUCUCAGGUGCUUGGGACUCGAAACUGGGUUCCACCCAAACCCUAUUUCAUGUCCCAAGGAAGAAGACGAUCAUAAUGGGCAUGCUUCUAAGAAAGAAGCAGGUUCACCUCCAUCUCCAUCUCCAACAACGGGCUACUCAGACCAACCAGCUGAUCCUCCUUCCACCACCGAAACUGUGAGUCAAUGGAGUUCCAGUGAUUGCUCUCUUCACUCCUAAAAGGCCAGGGUCAGGCGGAGGCAGCGGACCUCAGAUUAAUUAGCUUCAGCUUUCCAGAU